AUGGAUUUAGUUAACCACUUACCAGAUCGUUUAUUAUUUGCUGUCCCUAAAAAGGGUAGAUUAUAUGAAAAAUGUUGUGAAUUAUUAAAAGGAUGUGAUAUCCAAUUCAGAAGAUCAAACAGAUUAGAUAUUGCAUUAUCUACCAGUUUAAAUGUUGCAUUAAUCUUCUUACCAGCAGCUGAUAUUCCAGUUUUCGUUGGUGAAGGUAAUUGUGAUUUAGGUAUAACAGGAUUAGAUCAAAUCAAGGAAGCCGAUAUGUAUGAUUCAAUUAAUGAUUUAUUAGACUUAAAUUUCGGUAAAUGUAAAUUACAAAUCCAAGUUCCAGAAAAUGGUCCUUAUGAUAAACCAGAACAAUUAAUUGGUAAAAAAAUCGUUUCAUCAUUCACUAAACUUUCAACUGAUUAUUUUAAAUCAUUAGAAGGAAAUGACAGUGUUUCUACCAAUGUCAGAUAUGUUGGAGGGUCAGUUGAAGCUUCAUGUGCUUUAGGAGUUGCUGAUGGUAUUGUUGAUUUAGUUGAAAGUGGUGAAACUAUGAGAGCUGCUGGAUUAAAAGCUAUUUGUACUUUAUUAGAAACUAGUGCUCAUUUAAUUAGUUCUAAACAACCAAAAUUCCCAGAAUUAGUUCAAACUAUUGUUCAAAGAUUCGAAGGGGUUUUAGCUGCUCAAAAAUAUGUCUUAUGUAAUUAUAAUGCUGCCAGAAAAAUGUUACCUGAAGUAUUGAAAAUUACCCCUGGUAGAAGAGCUGCCACUGUUUCUGCUUUAGAAUCAAAACCUGGUGAAGAAGAAUGGGUUGCAGUUUCUUCCAUGAUUGAAAAAGCUAAAAUUGGUAAUAUUAUGGAUGAAUUAAAGAAAGCUGGUGCAAGUGAUAUAUUGGUUUUCGAAAUAGGAAAUUGUAGAGUUUAA